CAGAGUUCCCUCCCAACUUUUCUUUACUUUGUAUAGGCAGGCACAUUGAAUGUAAUAUAAUCUGAUAUUCGCCAAAGACUGGACCUCUGCUUCAAUGACUCUAAAAGUGGACUCUAUUUUCAAUUUGCCCAGGUCAGCCAGAUGAACACACACAAACCCAAGGCUAGGCAUCUGUGCUUCCUGCUGCUCCUGUGCUUAACCCUGGCGUGGAGUGGCGUCCCUGGUCCAUGUCGGCACUCUGUGACAAAAGAUCACCUUCUGAACAUCAAUCACCUGAUUGAUAACCAGUUGGAAAAUGGUUGUCGAAUAAGAUAUCUAUUCACAGAGCGUCAGAGUUUGAGUAAAGUCUGUUACAUCAAAGCAGUCUUUCCACAAAUCCUGGAGCUUCUUAAUACCCAGUUCCAGUAUGGCAAGAGGUCAGACAAUAGACGCUAUGUCAACGUCCUUAAGAACAUCAUCUUUGACCUCUAUUCUCAACGAUGUAUACCGGAGAUCAAUGAAGAGUUUGAGGAUAGCCCAGUGAAGUUUGUUAGGGUGCACAGCACCUCCCCCAAAGAGGCUCUGCGGACAGUAAAGGGCGUGUUCCAGAUGUACAUGGCAGUGCUGAAGGAGAGCCACAGGGCCGUGGACUGGAACUGUGAGGAAGAGUAUGCUGAAGACUACCCACAAUCCACCACAGGUAUGAGGAAUGUAUUUAGUGAUGUCAUUUAGAGGUUGAAACUAAAGGUUCAUGCCUGUCAGACUCUUUUCUGUACUGUCGGCUAGGGAGGUGCUUCUCCCUCACCGAGGCCGAUGAUAUACAAAUUUC